GUUGAUCGCUGGUGUUGAGCAGGCAACUAUCGAUUGCUAGCAACACCCCGGCUCAAAUUAUCGCAACCACCAACGCGAGCUUCCUCCGCAGCACCGCCGAACCACCAAGCCUCACAAUACUACACGCGCAUUUCCGAAGAUAUCCAAGGGCCAUCCCGAUCUCAAACUAGCCACGAAACGACCGUUCGGUAUCCCCACAUGUCAAAACCGCAGUUCGACCGCGCAGACGCCAGCGCGCUCCUAGAUGACCGAGGCUAUCGCGGAGCCCUCAUCAGAGGGCAGAACCCAGCGCUGCUCUUCGAAAAGGGUGUACGCGAGCGUAUCACCGAGUCAUACUACUGGAAAGAGCAAUGUUUCGGUCUGAACGCUGCGACUUUAUGCGACCGCGCGGCCGACCUCAAGUUCAUCGGUGGCACGACUGGCAUUACGGGCAAGCCUACACCAUUCUUGUGCCUAGCGUUCAAGAUGUUGCAGCUGGUUCCGGACAAGGAGAUUGUUCUUGAAUACCUCAAUUUUCGCGACGAUGAGGAAGAUGAAGCACAGGACGGAGAGGCCAAGAAGGAGGAAAACGGCCACACAUCCGAAGACGAGGACACAACCAAGAAGGCGCUCGAUCUAAACGCCGCAGGCAAACUCGGCGACUUCAAAUACCUGCGCUGCCUCGCUGCCUUCUACAUUCGCCUCGCCUGGGAGCCUGUCGAAAUCUACCAAACCCUCGAACCCCUCCUCACCGACUACCGCAAGAUAAAACGACGCCUCAAAGAUGCAUUUACCCUCACGUACGUCGACCAGUUCAUCGAUGAUCUCCUCACAAAAGAUCGCAUGUGCGCGACGAGUCUGUGGAAGUUGCCGUCGCGGGCGAACUUGGAAGACUUGGAUAUGCUAGAGCCGAGGGAGAGUCCAUUAGGUGACGAAAUCGAUGAGCUGGAUGAGGAGCUAGACAGAAGGAGUGAUGGGAGUGUGCGGAGCUACAGAAGCAGGAGCUAUGACAGCAGGAGCAGGAGUCGGAGCUACGACAGUCGCAGUCGGAGUCAUAGCCGCAGCAGAAGUCGGAGCUACGAUAGCCGUGGUCGCGGGAGGAGUCGUAGCCCAGGAGAGCGGAGUCGGUCACGGAGUAGGACACGUAGUAGGAGUGGGAGUCGCAGGCGCGAUUAGACACGUGUGGACUGCGAGAUGCUAGCAUAUAGGCCCGCGCAUCAGAUUUAGCUUUAUACCCAUCUAUGUAAUGAGGCGUUCAGUUGCUGUUUCCA